CACGUAUAACAAAAUCCACCGUAGUACUUAAUGUGUGGAAGAGGAUAUAUAAGGGAACUAAAUAUUUUUUUUGAUGUACCCUUUAAUAAUCCUUUAUUUGCUAACCCAUACAAUAACAUUCCACCUUACAGACUGUUUGGUAUAUUCCAAAACAUUCCACCUUACAGACUGUUUGGUAUAUUUAUCUGUUUAGGUUCUACUGACUUUGGAAAUGUUAGUUACGUGGUUCCUGGGAUUCACUCCUAUUUUUACAUUGGUUCUGAUGCAUUGAACCAUACUGAGCAGUAUACAACAGCUGCAGGAUCAGAAGAAGCUCAGUUCUAUGCUUUGAGAACAGCUAAAGCUUUAGCCAUGACUGCUUUGGAUGUUAUUUUCAAGCCAGAUGUGUUGGAAAAAAUUAGAGAAGAUUUCAGAUUAACAAAACUGAAAGAAGAAGGUCAUCUGAAUGUUCCUGGGAAUGCAAAAGGACCAGAUAAUAGUAAUGGAGCAGAAUGUGUAUCACAUUGAAGUAAUGUCGCAUAUUACAACAUGUAAAAAAAAACCAUAUGGAAAGUCCAGGACUGAUCUAUUUCUAGGGAUUAUUUUUAAUAAUUGGAAAGAUAUUGAAACCCCCAGGUAUUUUUUCAAAUAGUAUUUUUUGUCUAAAAUUAUGUCAUUUGUCUUAAUUUCAGACAAAAUUACAUGGUGUAAUUCUAAUUGAACGUAAAAUGUACAUUUGACUUUUGAACUGUUGCAAGUGCUAGCAUGAUUUAUAUAUAUAUAUAAUAUAUAUAUAUAUAGUUUGUUUUCGUAGAUUUUCACGGGUACAGGUAUGCAGGUU